AUGGCGAAAUCAAUUUAUAAUGUUCUAAAAAAAUUUCCUAAAUGUAAAGAAAAGAUGGAUGAAUGUGUAAAGAACAGCAAUCUAGGAUUAGGAAGCUUCGGGGAAAGUAUAUGUAAAAAUCAUGAAAAUGCAGAUUUAUUAAGAAAUUUAAUAGGUGUCAAUGAUAAAUUAGAAAAAAUGUGUAUCGCAGCUAUGGAAUAUCUAGGUUCUGUUAAUAGUGGAAGUUUAUAUGAAGCUGGUUGCGAAUAUUUUUAUUAUUGGAUAUAUCAUGAUCUUCUUGGAAGUGAAAAAAAUAGAAUUAAUGACAUACAAUCUGUAUAUAAUCUGUUGAUUGAAAUAUUUACAAAAAUCGGAUUUAGUUUAGAAAGACUGUGCAAAGUUGAUGAAUCUAUUAAAAUAGGUGAUUUUCAUAAAAUCAUAAAGGUAUAUGAUGCGUAUAAUAAAAUCGUUUUUGAUUCAAGUAGUAAUAAUGAUAUUCUUUUUAAUAUUGUGGUAGACAUGAUGUAUGAACACAAUGAACAAAUAGAAUCUCUAAAUAUCCAGAUUAAUAAUCCCAUAAUAACAACUCCUUGCCAAAGAAACAUUGCACCACCUAUAAUGAUUACAAUAUUAGUAGCACUAUUAAUAUGCAUUUUUAUAUUUGUACUGCUCAAGUUCUCAGGAUGUAGUUUAUGGAUACGACGUGCUAUAGCAUGGAAAAAAAAUCAUUCGGAUAGACUAGGUGAUGAAAGUAAUAUGUUCGAAAUUCCAGAAAUAUCUAGUAGUUUUAUAAGAGAUAAUAAAUAUAAUAUAUCAUACAAUUAUCCAUAA